AGACUCGGCUUCCCGGCGUGCCCCGCGGGCGGGCGCGCAGGCGCAGUCGGGUCCGGUGGCAGCCCGCCGGCGUAGUUGGACCCCAGCGGGGGCGCGCAGGUGCUUUCGGGAAGGGGUGCGCGGCAGGACUUGAGGCUAGCGCCCGGUGGGCGGCGACGCCAGAGCGAGUGGAGCCCUCCGGGUUCUCGAGUGGCGGCGGCAGCGGCGCAGAGGAGGAAGGCGGCGGCUCCCCCACGGCCGGCGCGCGGGCCGGUCCGUCCCGCGAGCUCGCGGCGGCCCAGAGACCCGGCGCGCCUUUGGUCCCGGGCCCCUCCGCCGCCCCCGCCGCUGCCGCCGCUACCGCCGCAAUGGCUCGGCCGCUGGUGCCCAGCUCCCAGAAGGCGCUGCUACUGGAGCUCAAGGGGCUGCAGGAGGAGCCGGUGGAAGGCUUCCGCGUGGCUCUAGUGGACGAGGGCGACCUGUACAACUGGGAGGUGGCCAUCUUCGGGCCACCCAACACCUACUACGAGGGCGGCUACUUCAAGGCACGGCUCAAGUUCCCCAUCGACUACCCGUACUCCCCACCGGCCUUCCGCUUCCUGACCAAGAUGUGGCACCCAAACAUCUAUGAGACAGGGGAUGUGUGCAUCUCCAUCCUGCACCCCCCAGUCGAUGACCCCCAGAGUGGGGAGCUGCCAUCAGAGCGGUGGAACCCCACGCAAAAUGUCAGGACCAUCCUCCUGAGUGUGAUCUCCCUGCUGAACGAGCCCAACACCUUCUCGCCGGCCAACGUGGAUGCCUCAGUGAUGUAUAGGAAGUGGAAGGAGAGCAAGGGCAAAGAUCGCGAGUACACAGACAUCAUCCGGAAGCAGGUCCUGGGGACCAAGGUGGAUGCGGAACGUGACGGGGUGAAGGUGCCCACCACGCUGGCCGAGUACUGCGUAAAGAGCAAGGCGCCAGCGCCCGAUGAGGGUACGGACCUCUUCUACGACGACUACUAUGAGGAUGGCGAGGCAGAUGAGGAAGCUGGCAGUUGCCUGGGGGACGAGGACAGCUCUGACAACGAAGGGUCCUGACACUGCGCCCUGCAAAAUAAACUCUCAGAUUUUACCUCAUGACCGGCCUGGUGGGCUCAGCCCACGGACUACCUCAUGGAGCUUGCGUAGUCCCUCUCCGGGUGGGUAGCACUGUUCUAGGUUUGCCUCUGCUUCUGUGGACAGUGGCUACCCGAGGCCUGGGCUUCAGGGACUGGUGCAGCCCAGCAGGGCCCUUGAAGCCGGACGGUGGGCGGGCUGGGAAGGCCCAGGUGACUCAGGUCAGAACCUGCCGCCCAGCAGCUUGCAGCCACAGACUCAGCAUCCAGCGAUGCGUGGCCAAUGACUGUGGCUCCUCUCCUCUGCUUUGGUUUGUUUGAAUCUAAAUAAAAUUCCUUAGGAGGCA